UACAAUUUGGAAUUAGUGAAAAUUCUUAAACGUUAGUAGAUUUAUUCGCGUUUCAAAGCAAACUCUAAGAACUUAAGAUCAAGACCAGAUUGAUACACGAAACUAAUAAUAUUAACAUUAAAAGUGACUGGCUCAUCUCUUCUUUCAAUUAUAUCAGUUUUGAAUGAUAGUUGAAUUUAUCAAACUUCUCAGAUUUAAAUAUUAUUAUUUACCGAUUAAUUGUCGCCACUUUUCGUAUACAAAAGAAAUAUAUAUAUUUUAAAAAUAAUAUAGAAAUAUAUAAAAAAUAAUACAUUUGCAAAUUAAAAAUUAUUAAUUGACACAGAGAUUUAGAACGGUUUGCCGAGACGGUUCCCAAGCCAAAGGGCGCCGUGCCCGGGUUUGGUCUACCAGGGUGGAAGAUGAUGCCUUUGGAGCAUAAAAUACCUAUGAUACCUGGACCGAAGGGCGCUUACAGCUUCACGCGACGCAAAGUAGGAAAGAAAUUGUGGGGGCCAAAAUUAGAAUUUGAUCUGAGCGACCCUUAUUGCCACGAGACCAAAUUCCCUUAUGAACCCUUGCACGACGAACAUCUGUUCGAGUUCUUCUCUAGACCAAUUAAUCAGAAAUGUCUACUGAAAGCUGACCUAAUCACGGACGGUAUGGACGUGAAGUGUUCGCUGCGCGAUUACAAUGGGUAUAGGAAAUAUUUGAGGCAGGUACACGCUGAUCGUAUAAAGAGAGAGCUGAGAAGAAGAGACCGUCUAUUCGUCGAGAGAACAGCUUUACGUUUCGCUGAGGACCAGGCGCGCAAAGAAGCGGAAAGGUAUAAUUCGCAAUUGUUUGGCAAAGAAAAGGAGGUUGUUUGGGAGAUUUUUUCAGACGAGAAAGAAAUGUAUCUUCAUCUUAAACAUACACUUUUUAUUUCGCAGUAUCCUUUUCUUGAAUAUAAAUAUAUUAUUAUUAACAAAAUCUGUUUUAUUGUAAAUUCAGAUUGAAGGAGAGAGAGAAACUGGCCAGCGAGAGACAGCGCCUCGUGCAGCAACAACUGUUCCAGGAAGAAUUGAGAAUCCGGAAGCUAAAA